AAAUCACCACCUGAAAAACCAAAGAAUAGAAAAUAAUAUCUCCUCAAGUAGCGGUUAUUCAACGCCACCAGCCUUCCACUUUCCCUCUUUAUUAUCCCGCAAGUUGCAGGCAAUAAAUAAAAAAAAGUGAAAAGAAAGAAAGAAAAAGAUGGGAGUUGUGGUAAUAGAUGGAUCAACAGUACGUGAUUUCGUGAACGAUGAAGCCCAGUUCAAGAAGAGUGUGGACGAGUCAUUUGCCCAGCUAGACCUCAAUAACGACGGAGUCUUGUCUCGCUCUGAGCUCCGAAAGGCUUUUGAAUCUCUUCGUUUGAUCGAGAGUCACUUCGGUAUCGAUGUGGUCACGCCUCCAGAGCAACUCACCCAGUUGUACGACUCCAUCUUUGAGAAGUUUGAUUGUGAUAAGAGUGGAACUGUUGAUCUUGAUGAGUUUAGGACUGAGAUUAAGAAGAUCUUGCUUGCGAUUGCUGAUGGGUUAGGGUCAAGUCCUAUUCAGAUGGCUCUUGAAGAUGAUGACCAGGGUUUUCUCAAGAAAGCUGCAGAUCUCGAAGCCUCUAAGCUUCAGAAACCUUCUCCAGCUUAAUGCUGCUGCUGUUUGUAAUUUCUUGCUGUUGUUUCUUUUUUCUUGUUUCUAUAGUUGAAAUAAAUCUUGGUGGUUCAGUCACCAUCUUGAUUAAGGGUCCAAGUGAAAAUCCAUUGUACGUACAACAGAUUCAGCUUACUACUUUUCGUGUGGAAGAGAACCCAACAUGUUCAAUGGAUAAAUAUGCAAGUCAUAAUGUGUUUCCUCCA